CCCACUUUACGGGAGCUGGGAGAUUCGCGCGGUAACGCGCGCUGGAAGUUCGAAUUUCGAAAUUUGAAAUUUUGUUUUUAUUCUAAAGUGGCUGUCCCAUUUGUUUUUUUUAUUCGAAUUUAAUGUGGAUGAGGAAUAAAGUGAAAUAAAAAAACAUUAAAAUGUGACUGGCAACCAACAAAACUACAUCAGCUACAGAUUGAAAAAACUAAAAUAAUUGACAUCAGUUCGAGUUUCAAAAGUAUAAAAAUAAAAAUGUGGAAUCCAAACUCCGUGGACAACAGGCAGAUGGAAAAACGCGUGAUAGUUGGAAGGGUCCGGCCAACGUGGGCUAGGAACCUUCCAGAAGCUAGAGAGGACGAUGAUAAAAAUGACCAGGAGGGGGUCAUGCCUCACAGUGAACCUCCGAGCCCUACGGAACCCUGGGAACAGCAGGGAAAGCAAGAGGACAAAUACGAGGUCUUUGGCAAAGUGAUGCUGCUAGGAGACAGCGGGGUGGGGAAGACCUGUAUGCUGGUACGCUUCCGCGAUGGCACCUUCCUGGCCGGGAACUACAUAUCCACCGUCGGGAUCGACUUCCGGAACAAAGUGGUAACCGUCGACGGCAUCAAGGUGAAACUCCAGAUUUGGGACACGGCCGGCCAAGAGCGAUUCCGAAGUGUGACACACGCAUAUUAUAGGGACGCCCAUGCGUUACUGCUGCUCUACGAUGUGACGAAUAAGACGAGUUUCGACAACAUCCGCGCAUGGCUCGGGGAAAUCCGGGAAUACGCUCAGGACGACGUCGUCAUCAUGCUUUUAGGUAACAAAUCCGACAGCGGGCUCGAGCGGGCGGUGCGGCGGGAGGAAGGGCAGCGGCUGGCGAGAGAGUACCAAGUGGCGUUUAUGGAGACAUCAGCCAAAACCGGACUGAACGUCGAAGCGGCGUUCGCCCAUGUGGCGCGCUCUUUAGUCGCGAAAGCGAACCCCGUCGACCCGUCUAGGCUGGCCGUGCGCGCGCACCAGACGCAGGAACAGAGGUCCUCGUGCCCGCCAUGUUCGUAAAUUGCGCGCGAAAUUCAAAUGUGGCGUUUGAAUUUAGAACGCUUCAGCGGACCAAUGUCGUCGUGCAGGCUGACUAGCAGAUCUGAAACUUUGACAUAUUCAUUGUUGGACUGGAAGUGACUGGUGUAAACAAGGACUGAAUCAGUGGGCUGACUGCAAGCAAUGCCGACAGCACAAAUUAUAACUAGAGGCCAUGUUUGUAAUAAGGAAGAAAAGUCUAUUAAUUAAGAAAAUGGCUCUACCUACUCCAAUCGGUGUCUGAAUAUAAACAAGUUAGUUGUAUGUAACCUAACAAUAAAUAAUGGCAGACCUUUAUUUUUAACAUGCCAUUAUCUAUUAUAACUUUUAAUAAACCAUUUCUUAAAGAAUAGACUUAAUUAUUCUUGUAAUUCAACUCAAUUUCAUAAUAAAUUCUUCUAUUAUGCUGCACAUCUGUAGUGCAGACUUAUCCAAGUAACACUUAAGUAGGUAUACCUACCUAUUAAAUACUUUAAAGUGGACUAGGUAGGUAGGUUCUAAUUGGGUAAAAAAAUAUUCUAAGAUAGGCUGACCUUGAACAAAAGCUGUCAAAUCGUUAGUUGCAUUGCAUUAUUAAAAAUGAUUAUUAUUGAAUGCCUUUUUGAAAAUUUAUAAAAGCAAAAAUGUAUUGUGAUGAACAGAUUGUAUUAGAUAUUUGUUGGAUAUAUUAGAUGACCUACUUACAUGAUUAAUGUUAAUUGUUAUAGUAAAUAUUAAACGGUUUAAAAUUAUAUAUUCAUAAAUAAAUUAUAAUAUUACAUAAUUCACUAAGAAAUAGUUAAGUGACCUAUUAAUUUAUAUGACCGUGAUAUUAAUUUUAAAACGGGUCUAUGUAGAGUCAUACAUAAGUAUCUACCUACUUCAAAUUAUUGGGGAAUGGAUUUUUUUAUUUAAAACAAUAGUGAUCGUUGCAAGUUAAAAUCCAUUAAAAAAAAGAAAUUAUUUGGUAAUAAGACAAGUAAUGUGCAGGAUUAUAUUCGUACAUCCCAACUAAUAUUAUAAAUGCGAAAGUAACUCUGUCUGUCUGUCUGUCUGUUACGCUUUCCCGCUUAAAACUCGCAACCGAUUUUGAUGAAAUUUGGCAUAGAGAUAGUUUGAGUCCCGGGAAAGAACAUAGGAUAGUUUUUAUCCCGGUUUUUGAAACAGGGACGCGCGCAAUAAAGUUUUUCUGUGACAGACAAAAUUCCACGCGGGCGAAGCCGCGG